UGUGGAAAGAUGUUAAGUGGUAGGAAUGACUAUAGAAACAAGAAACUACAAACCGAAAGCCAUUGCUUCUGAUUAUGGGACCUGAUUUGGAUUUGUUGGCGACAGGGAGAAAAUAUCUCCAGGAUGGAGACCUUUGACUCAACACCUUCAAAGACGUGUCGUAGAAAACCUAGUGGUAUGUUGUUGCUUUUGGAACAGGAUGGAAACGGCCUUGGUCGUGUUGGGUAAGCUCUCUGCCAAGAUAGGUGAGCUAUCUCCCAAGCCUGUUUCUCUUUCAUCUGUAUUUACAAGGGGCCUUAAUAAUAGCCACACGUUAUAAGUCACCUGUUGCUCCAGGGUAAAGAACUGUUUAACUCACUGUAUGCGCAUAAGGAGUACUAUGCAAGUAUUUAAAAUAAUUGUAUACUUUAUACCUGCAAGUAUAAACUACUCCACGAUGUGAUUAUUUUUUAUUCACGUGUAAUUAAAAAAACAUUCAUUUGUAGCAAAAAGGAGGACUAUAUGUUCAAAUAUUUGUAGUUGUAUCUACAUAGUGGAAAUAUGGGUAUUUUUUUCAUUUUCUACUUCUCCACCUUUGUCGCAGUAUUUUACCAUUAGGAAAAAUAAUCAAGAAAGAGUAGACAAAGGGCUUAAGUGAUUAAAGGCAAAUAUGAGUUGGGUAUGGCCUCCCAGACCUUGCCUGUCUGUUGGGCCUGUCACCAGACACUCAAGUCGCUAUCAGGAGCACUUUUCACUGUCAAAGUGACUGGCCUUUGUCACAGAAUUCCGUGUUAUAAAGGGAGGGUACAAAGGAUCCAAUGCAGUCAGCUGAGCCGGCCCCACUCCUUGGCAGAGGUGGUGGGCAGAGGCUCGCUCGGCGGCGGGCUCCACAUGGGGAACACCAUCCGGGCCCUAGUGGCCUUCAUCCCCACGGACCGCUGCCAGAAUUACGUGGUGGGAGACCUCCGGGAGAUGCCGCUGGACCGGAUGGUGGAUCUGAGCGGGAGCCAGCUGCGUCGCUUCCCACUCCAUGUGUGCUCCUUCACCGAGCUGGUAAAGCUCUACUUGAGCGACAACCACCUCCAGAGCCUGCCUCCAGACCUUGCGCAGCUGCAGAACCUGCAGAUCCUGGCCUUGGAUUUCAACAACUUCAAAGCCCUUCCCCGGGUGGUGUGCACCUUGAAACAGCUCUGCAUCCUCUACCUGGGCAAUAACAAACUCUGUGACCUUCCGGAUGAGCUCAGCCUGCUCCAGAACCUCCGUACCCUGUGGUUGGAGGACAACUGCCUCACCCAGCUGCCCGAUGUGGUGUGUGAGCUGAGCCUCCUUAGGACCCUGCAUGCGGGGUCCAACGCCCUAAGACUGCUGCCCGGCCAGCUCCGGCGCCUACGAGAGCUCAGGACCAUCUGGCUCUCAGGCAACCAGCUUGCUGAUUUCCCCCCUGUGCUGCUUCGCAUGCCCUUCCUGGAGGUGAUCGACGUGGACCGGAACAGUAUCCGCUACUUCCCCAGCCUGGCUCACUUGACUAAUCUGAAACUGGUCAUCUAUGACCACAAUCCUUGCAGAAAUGCCCCCAAGGUGGGCAAAGGGGUGCGCCGUGUUGGGAGAUGGGCAGAUGAGACGCCAGAGCCUCAGCUCAGAAAAGCUAGGCGAUAUGCACUGGCCCAGGAAGAGAGUCAAGAGCCACCGGCUCCCCUUCUUCCUCCCAGCUCCUGAGGAGCCUCAGUUGUAAGCCAGUUAACGAUGGCCCAACUGAAGACCUCUCAUUAGAGUGGAAGGAGUCCCGGAUCAUCUCAAGUAAAGGAAUACUGAGAAGAAACCAUUUCCGGUCCGCUGCACCUCUUCCUAGGGGAAGGUGUGGACUGCAGGGCCUGGAAGCCAGUGAUUGCCACUCCUGAAGCGGCUUCUUCAAAUAAGCUACUUUGAAACACUGAAGAGGAAGACGGGCCAGGGCCUUGGGCCUCUUCCACUAUGCAGAAAUGGCUGGCCGUGAGG